AGUCAGUAAAUGUUCAGAGUCCAGAGGAGCAGAGCGGUGACUACAACUCUCUGUUAACUGAGUUACAUUACCCAGGGGACGGAUUCAUCUUCAGACACCAGGACCAGCUUUGUCCCACAAAGUCGUCAAGUCCAAAGACUUCAGUCUCUUUCAUUGGAGUCCAGUCCUACCAGGUCUCAUCUGGAUUAAGGCAACAACAUCCACCGAGUCCUCUGCCCGGUCCCAGCUGAGUUCAUUCCAGUUUUUAGUGGAGGCCGGUCCAGCGUCUCAAGCUGGACGGAGGGGAGACGAGUGGGGCCGAGGGCCCGGCCUUCGUGCUCCGACACAGAACUUCAAACCUCAUAGAACACACCACAGAUAGCACGCCUACAGAUCCCAUGAGUCCCCGGGAGAAAGGAGACACGCCCACCUCAGGUUCUUCAACCAGUCACCUCAGUACCGCAGAGUGCCCCUCACACAAUGGGAGUGUCCCUGAGUGCGAAGAGGAGAGAAGAAUAAAUGAAGAGGAUGACAGAGGAAGAGAAGGAGAAGAGGAGAAAGACCGGGAAGAGGAUGAGAGGAGCAGCGAUGAAGGUUUCAUGGGGAUGACUCCAUUACUGCAGGCUCACCAUGCCAUGGAGAGGAUGGAGGAGUUUGUUCACAAGGUGUGGGAAGGCCGGUGGCGCGUCAUACCUCAUGACGUGCUCCCUGAUUGGCUCAAGGACAACGACUUCCUGCUUCAUGGCCACAGGCCACCCAUGCCUUCGUUUCGCGCUUGCUUCAAGAGCAUCUUCAGAAUCCACACAGAGACGGGAAACAUCUGGACACACCUGCUAGGAUGUUUGUUUUUCCUCUGUCUGGGUCUCAUGUACAUGUUCAGGCCCAACAUGUCGUUUGUGGCUCCCGUCCAGGAGAAGGUUGUGAUCGGGAUGUUCUUCCUGGGAGCCAUCCUCUGCCUCUCCUUCUCCUGGCUCUUCCACACAGUCUACUGCCACUCUGAGGGCGUCUCCAGAGUCUUCUCCAAGCUGGACUACAGUGGGAUCGCCUUUCUGAUCAUGGGCUCAUUCGUCCCCUGGUUGUACUACUCCUUCUACUGCUCCCCUCAGCCUUGCUUCAUCUACCUGAUAGUGGUGUGUAUACUGGGGCUUGCCGCCAUCACCGUUUCCCAGUGCGACUUCUUCGCCACACCGCAGUACAGAGGAGUCAGAGCAGGAGUGUUCGUGGGUUUGGGUCUGAGCGGCGUGGUUCCCACCCUGCACUUUGUCAUCAGCGAGGGUCUGAUCAAAGCGACCACCAUGGGUCAGAUGGGUUGGUUGCUGCUGAUGGCGAUGCUCUACAUCACCGGAGCCUGUCUGUAUGCCGCUCGUAUCCCUGAGAGGUUCUUCCCUGGCAAGUGUGACAUCUGGUUCCACUCCCACCAGUUGUUCCACAUCUUGGUUGUUGCCGGGGCUUUUGUUCAUUUCCACGGUGUAUCCAACCUACAGGAGUUUCGCUACACGGCGGGAGCGGGCUGCGCUGAGGACGGCACUCUUUAACUGACUCACUCAUUCACUCACACACAUUUUGCGGGGAGGCACUGGUUCUAAUAAUAUGCACACACACACACACACACACACACACGCUCCUCAAACAUACACAAACCUAAGACAUGCACACACGCUCUCUCCCCUAAACUGAAGGCCGAUGUGGCUUGUCCAGUGUGUGCUUGUGUGCGUAAUCCACAGGAUGGCCUCCCAGGGGGCGCUAUUAAAACUGAUUGAGGAGGGUUUUUGUUAUCUUUGUGUCUGUCUGUCUCUGUCUGUCCAUCCUCACCUCCUCUGGCUCUGUUGCUUUGACUAUAAAACCACUUCCAAGAUGGCGUGUUUUAUAAAAUGAUUUUUGAGACUCUACUCUUUCCAGGAAGUAUCUCUGUUUGUUUAGGAGGGGGUGAGCCAAUCAAAACCUCCCUUCAAGUAAUUCUACAUUUUCUUCUGUGUUGAGUUCUGACAUUUAAUGGUUUGAUUUGAAGAGGAAGCAUAAUUAUGGCUUUCAAAAAAAAAAGACAUUUUGGGGUGUUUUUUGCUGAAUGCCGUUUUCCAAGUCACAUUUUAGAGCAUUCAAAUAUGAAAAAAAGAAAAAGAAUUGAGUGGAAAAUGUCUUUGGAUUUCUUCCAUGAUUGUUAAGGUGGCGGGGGGAGAUGUUGGGGUGGGUGGGGGGUUAAUAGUCACUUUUAAAAGUAAAAAAAAAAAGAACCCUUUUCCAUGUAAAUAAGAUUUCUAAAUUUUGGGUUAUAGAUUUGUAUGAAAUGUAUAUGAAAAAAGAACAAAAAAAGUGUUAUAAUGGCAAGAAUAAAUAAAUAUGUUAGAUGAUAAAUCAAUUACAGAUGAGGAGAAGAGGUUUCAUACCUACACUUGUUCUAGCAGUGAGGUGCAGUGGAGCGAGUAAUAGUUUCUGUGAUUGGAGGGAAGCGCUUCAAACAAUUUCAUUAAGUCUGUAUAUGCAAGGAUGAGAGGUAGAGGUGAAGAGGAAAUAUAAGGCACAACACCUGAAUCUUAUCAAACAAGACUUGCUUGUAUUUUGUCACCAGUGCAGGUGGGAAGUGACAACUCAGAGUCACUUUUCUGACCUAAAAACCUGGAAAUAUAUGGACAUAACGACUGUCCUCUACUCAGUUUUUUGUUUUUUUGUUUUUAAUUCACUCUCGUGUUGAACCUGCGGCCUUGUGUUUUUCAAGCAUCACAGAGUCGGAGCACUGAUCUCAAAUCAGACCUGGGGCCUCAUUAAUGAAACCUUCUCAUGUGUGCUUGAAACCAAAUAUAAAGUCAAAAUGAUGAAACAUAAGUCAUCUUGAUAUGUAGCCAUUUUCAUUUAUCUUCUUACUGUAAAUCGUCUUAUAUAUCUAACGAUAAAACUAAUUUCUAUGCCACCGAUAAGUUUAUUCUUUUUUAUGACAUGCCCUUAAAUGACUCCUUAAAACACAAGGAUAACUUUAAGACAUUUUUAUAAACAAGGCUCCAGAGUCAUGUAUGUCAUUUUGGUACUGUAAAUCUGCAGUAUUAAUACAGUACAGAUGCAGUUCAAUGUAGUCCUCCUCCUCUGUGGCACUUGAUAAGAUUCACCUCCACACAGAAAAAGGAUUCUCUGUCUGAAAACGUGUUUUUCUUUCUGCCUGGAUUGUAUUUUAAUUUAUCCACUGCUGUUUUUGGUAUUAUUAUUAUUAUUAUGGCAAGCUUUAAUUUUGCUUUUUUUUUUCUUUUCUCUUUGAUCUUUUUUUUUUUGUUCUCAUCCGUUUAUAUCAGCCAGAUCUGGGCCUCUCUGUUCUCAUCACACAUGAUGAUAUGUGAUGAGAACAGAGAGGCCCAGAGUACCAGAGUCUCUCUCACCCUAAAAUAGCAAAAAACAAAACAUGACAUUUCCUGAAACAAUCUGACAAUAUUCUCAAAGAGGCACCACAAAUACUACACAUGAAUAGCCUCAAAUUGUUAUUGAGACUGUACUCUGAAGUUAAUACAAGGUGAUCUUGUAUACGUUUUUCUGAAAAUACCAAAAUCUUGCACAGGCACAAUGGAAACACUUCUAUUCUGAGCUUGUCGUAAACUGUAUUUUUGCGAGUUUCCCAUCAGCAAGUUCAAUUAUUAUUUGAAUGAUCUGCAUCUCCUCUUUGCGUCACACUUUGCUUUGAAGAAGAAGAAGAAAAAAAUCUUUCAUCUUAUGUUUUUCUUUUCUUUUUCCAAUUUUCUGUUUCUGUUUAUAUUAAUUUAUUUCUCUUGGGGAGCGCAUAUUGUCUGUUGAAGCACACGUUCCGUUCUGAUGGGAGUGUUUGAUUGCAAUAGACCUUUAUAUCUGCUGUAUUGUUCUAAUAAAAAGGUUUUUUGAUCUGUCA